CUACACCGAGAUGGAUCUGCUCUACUCCGCCGCUCCGCGCCUCCUACUUGCCGCUGGACUAACCAGUGGAAUGCCGCCAUGUAAGAAGUCUUCUUUGCGAAUACCAUGGCUCCCCCUCUGGGCGCUGUCCAAAUAAUCAUCGUGUCGGUUAUCGCGUUUGUGUUCAGCGUCAUCUGUCUCGGGCUGCGACUCUGGUCGCGACGUAUCAAGGCAGCACGGCUUGUCUUCAGUGAUUAUAUGGUCAUCGCGGCGACGGUGAUCAACACCGGCGCCCUGGUCAACGCUCUGAUAAGUUGCGCCGUAGCCGGCGUAGGGCGUCAUUUCCAGGACGUCCUUGUCCACGAGCCAGCCCUACUCCAACGUUUCUUGAAAGUCUUUAUGGCAGAGCAGGCACUCUGGGCCGGGGCGAACACUUGUGUCAAGUUCUCGAUAUCGGCAUUAUACAUGGCCAUCUUCCCGAACAAGCGUUUCGCUUAUAUCUGUUAUGGUGCUAUGGCAAUAUCCGCCGCCAAUCUGAUCAUGAACAUACUUAAAAUCUUCCUGAUUUGCAAGCCAGUGCAUUACAUCUGGGAUCAAUCCAUACCGGGAGGUAGUUGCGGCCAGCAACGCACUGCCACUAUCAUUUCCGGCAUCGUCAAUCUCGUUAUCGACACGUUCAUCGUGGCAUUACCUAUGCCUAUGUUGCUCGGUCUGCAACUCUUACUGCCUAGGAAGCUUGGCGUUGCUGGAAUGUUCAGUCUAGGAGCAGGUUUGUGUUAUGUCCCUCUCAGGAGUUAUAUGGCUGGCUCGAUGGGACACGAUCGACGUGACAUAUACUGUUCCUCCGGCUAGUAUUUAUUUUUUGCUAGAGCAAUUCUUGGGAGCCGCGAACGCUUGCCUUCCGACGAUACGACAUGCCCUAGAUCGGCUGUUC